GGCGGCGCCGCUCGCGAGCUCUUCCAGUCCAUGCAGCUCCACGGGAUCAAGCCCAACAGCGUUACCUAUCUCAACAUCCUGUGCGCUUGCAGCUACGCGGGGCUCGUGAUCGAUGCCUGCUGCUACUUGCGAUCCUCCAUCGGGGACUACUGGAUCGCGCCCAAGAUGGAUCACUUCGUGUGCCUGGUAGACAUUCUAGGGCGCGCGGGGAUGAUCGCCGAGGCGGAGGAGGCGCUGCGCGGCAUGCCCUACGAGGCCGACUCCAUCGCCUGGUUGACGAUGCUGGCGGCGUGCAAGAACCACGGCGAAUCGCGGCGGGGGACGGCAGCCGCGGCGGCGAUCCACGAGCUGGAGCCCGGCGCCGCGGCGCUCUAUCUCCUUUCAAGCAAUAUGAGCGUGGAGGAAGCCCACGAGAUUUAGGGUUAGGGCUCUUGGCCAUGGCCGGGGAGGAAAGGGCGCUCAAGACGUGGGUGAGCGACGAGCUCCAGGAGAUCCAGGGCUUCUCCGAGGCGGCCGUGGUGUCGUUCGUCAUCGGGCUUGCGAAAUCGGCGACGAGCUCCGCGGUGCUCGCGUCGCGGCUCAAGGAGAACUCGUUCCCGCCUGGCCAGGUAACGGACAGGCUCGCCCGCGAGCUCUUCGCAAGGGUUCCUCGCAAGAAAUCGGGGCUCAGCGGCUACCAGCAGGCGGAGAUCGAGGCGGCGAGGUAUGCCCGCAAGCAGGAGGAGUACAAGCUCGUGGCUGGGGACGACGAGGGGAAUGUAGCGCCAUCGCCAUCGCCAGCGGCGAAGAAACAAUCCAAGCAUGGCAAUCUUCGAAAGCGCGGGAAGGAGGAGGAGAACGAGGACGAGGACGUGGGGAUUCUGUCCAAGCGGGGGCGGCGGACGCUCGAGGAGGAGGAGGAGGUGGAGAGGGAGCGGGCCAGGGAGAAGGAUCAGCGGGAGAAGGAGGAGCUGGAGGCCAGGCUGAAGGAGAGGGACGAGGCUAGCACCAGAAAGGUGAUGGAGCACAAGAUUUCUCGCGAGCAAGAGGAGGAGAACAAGCGGCGCUUGCAAGCACAGGAGAGUGACGAGGGGCUGAAGGUGGCGAGGGAGAUCUCUCGCCAGUCCUACCUCAAGAAGAGGCAAGAGAAGAAGCUAGAGGAGCUCAAGGACACGCUCAUCGACGAGGAGUUGCUGUUCGCGGAGGUGAAGCUGACGGCGAGGGAGAAGAAGGAGAAGGCGUACAAGCAGGAGGUGUUUGAUCUGGCCAUGAAGAUGACCAAGGACACGAACGACAUCGUCGGAUACCAGAUUCCAGAGGCCUACGACGAUGAAAUCUCCAGGGUCAAGCAGGAGAGGCGCUUCGCGGUGGCCCUGGAGCGCUACAAGGACCCGGAUCCUGAGGACAGGGCUAUACCCUUUGCCGAGCAGGACGCUUGGGAGGACUACCAGAGCGGGAAAGCCAAGAUGAAAUUCGGUGCCGCGGACAAGAAGAAGGCUGACGAGUACGAGUUUGUGUUCGAAGACCAAGUCCAGUUCGUCCAAGCCGAUAUCAUGUCCGGCGAGAACGAGCCCAUGGAUGAAAAGGAGAGCAGGAAAGCUGCGGCGCAAACGGAGCACGAGCACAUUCUUGAGGAGAGAAAGAAGCUGCCAAUCUAUCCAUACCGGCAGGAGCUACUGGAUGCCAUAGAGCAGUACCAGGUUCUUGUGAUAGUGGGAGAGACGGGGUCGGGGAAGACGACGCAGAUACCACAGUAUCUUCACGAAGCCGGCUACACUGAGCGUGGAAAGAUCGGGUGCACUCAGCCCCGGAGGGUGGCGGCGAUGAGUGUGGCGGCUCGAGUGGCCCAAGAGAUGAAUGUGAAGCUCGGGCAUGAGGUGGGCUAUUCGAUUCGGUUUGAAGAUUGCACCUCGGAAAAGACUAAGCUCAAGUACAUGACAGACGGUAUGCUACUGCGUGAGUUUCUGGGCGAGCCGGAUCUCAAGAGCUACAGCGUGAUGAUCGUCGACGAGGCUCAUGAGCGGACCGUCUCGACGGACGUCCUCUUUGGGCUGAUGAAGGACAUCACUCGCUUCCGGCAAGAUCUCAAGGUGCUGAUCUCCAGUGCGACCUUGGACGCCGAGAAGUUCUCCAAGUACUUUGAUGACGCCCCGAUCUUUACCAUUCCGGGAAGGCGAUAUCCAGUGGACAUGAUGUUCACCAAGGCUCCGGAGGCCGACUACUUGGACGCUGCUGUUGUGACGGUGCUGCAGAUCCACAUCACGCAGCCCCCCGGCGGAGACAUCCUCGUGUUCCUGACGGGUCAGGAGGAGAUCGAGGCAGCGGAGGAGAUUUUAAAGCAGAGAACGAGGGGCUUGGGGUCCAGGAUAGCGGAGCUGAUAAUCUGUCCCAUCUACGCCAACCUUCCAUCCGACUUGCAAGCAAAGAUCUUCGAGCCGACCCCCCCUGGAGCACGAAAGGUGGUGCUCGCGACAAACAUUGCCGAGACGUCCUUGACGAUUGACGGGAUCAAGUACGUGGUCGACCCCGGCUUUUGCAAGCAGAAGAGCUUCAACCCGAGGACCGGGAUGGAGUCGCUGAUCGUGGCUCCAAUCUCCAAGGCGGCGGCGAUGCAGAGAGCCGGACGAGCAGGGCGGACGUCCCCCGGCAAGUGCUUCCGCCUCUACACGCAGUGGUCGUUCAACAACGAGAUGGAGGACAACACGGUACCGGAGAUCCAGCGGACCAACUUGGGCAACAUCGUGCUCAUGCUCAAGAGCCUGGGCAUCAACGACCUCAUGAACUUCGACUUCAUGGAUCCUCCCCCUGCGGAGACGCUGAUGAGGGCCCUGGAGCAGCUGUACGCGCUGGGCUCGCUCAACGAUCGCGGCGAGCUGACGAAGCUGGGGAGGAGGAUGGCCGAGUUCCCGCUGGACCCAAUGCUGUCCAAGAUGAUCGUGGCGUCGGACAAGUUCAAGUGCUCCGAGGAGAUCAUCUCCAUCGCCGCGAUGCUCUCGGUUGGCAACGCCAUCUUCUACCGGCCAAAGGACAAGCAGGUCCACGCCGACACGGCCCGCAUGAACUUCCACUCCGGAAAUGUUGGCGACCACAUCGCGCUCAUGCGCGUCUACGACUCGUGGAAGGAGACCAACUACAGCUCCAACUGGUGCUACGAGAACUACAUCCAGGUGCGCAGCAUGAAGCGGGCUCGCGACAUCCGGGACCAGCUCCAGUCGCUGCUGGAGCGGGUGGAGAUCGAGCUGACAAGCAACGCAAACGACCUGGAGGCGAUCAAGAAGACGGUGACGGCAGGCUUCUUCUACCACACGGCGCAGAUCCAGAAGAACGGCUCGUACAAGACGGUGAAGAACCCGCAGGUGGUGCACAUCCAUCCCAGCUCGGGACUCUCGCAGGUGCUGCCGCGGUGGGUGGUGUACAACGAGCUGGUGCUCACCACCAAGGAGUACAUGAGGAAUGUGAUCGAAGUGAAGAAGGACUGGCUCGUGGAGAUCGCGCCGCACUACUACAAGAAGCAGGACGUGGAAGAUGUUGGCGCUGGGAAAAUGCCGCGGGGGAAAGGGAGGGCCGCGUCCACGGCCUAGCUUGCGCUUGCUCGAUCCAAGCAAGAGCUCUAUUGUGGAGAAUGCUUUACUUGAUCCAAGCAAGAGCUCUUCUGUGGAGAAGAAGAGGUUGCUUUGCUUGAUCCAAGCAAGAGCGCUACUGUGGAGAAAGAGCUUGCUGUGCUUGAUCCAAGCAAGAGCUGAGUUUGGUAACUUUGAGAUGUGAGAUGUAUCAUACAAAAAAUUAAAGAGAUGUGGAUGGCGACUCUAAA